UGAGCAUUGGUUUGGUCGAAAGGGGUUGCGGGUAGCUGAGCAUGGAGCGCACUCACUUGCCGGAGACGCCACUCGCCUUGGCCCUUUCUGGGCCCAGGUUUCAGGCCCAGUCGAGCGGCAAUGGUUCCGUGCUGGACAAUGUGCUGCCCGACAUGGCGCACCUGGUGAACCCCUACUGGAGCCGCUUUGCCCCCAUGGACCCGAUGAUGAGCAAGAUCCUGGGAGUCUUCACCCUGGUCAUCCUGAUCAUUUCGUGCUGCGGCAACGGAGUGGUGGUCUACAUCUUCGGAGGGACAAAGUCGCUGCGCACGCCGGCAAAUCUGCUCGUUCUCAAUCUGGCCUUCUCCGACUUCUGCAUGAUGGCCUCCCAGUCGCCGGUGAUGAUCAUCAACUUCUAUUACGAGACCUGGGUGCUGGGACCUUUGUGGUGCGACAUUUACGCAGGAUGCGGAUCUUUAUUCGGUUGCGUUUCCAUCUGGUCCAUGUGCAUGAUCGCCUUCGAUCGGUACAAUGUGAUCGUCAAGGGCAUCAAUGGCACGCCCAUGACCAUCAAGACGUCGAUAAUGAAGAUUCUGUUCAUCUGGCUGAUGGCAGUCUUCUGGACCAUAAUGCCUUUGAUUGGCUGGAGCAGCUAUGUGCCCGAGGGCAAUCUGACUGCCUGCAGCAUCGACUAUAUGACGCGAAUGUGGAACCCAAGAUCUUAUUUAAUAACCUAUUCACUGUUUGUGUACUACACUCCGCUGUUUUUGAUUUGCUACUCCUACUGGUUCAUCAUCGCCGCCGUGGCAGCUCAUGAGAAGGCGAUGCGCGACCAGGCCAAAAAGAUGAAUGUGAAAUCCCUGAGGAGCUCCGAGGAUUGUGACAAGAGUGCCGAGGGAAAGCUGGCCAAGGUGGCUCUGACCACCAUUUCGCUGUGGUUUAUGGCCUGGACACCGUAUUUGGUUAUUUGCUACUUUGGCCUCUUCAAGAUCGAGGGACUAACACCCCUGACUACGAUUUGGGGAGCGACAUUCGCCAAGACGAGUGCUGUCUACAAUCCCAUAGUUUAUGGCAUAAGUCAUCCAAAAUAUCGAAUAGUGCUAAAGGAGAAGUGUCCAAUGUGUGUGUUUGGCAACACAGAUGAACCAAAACCGGAUGCACCUGCUUCCGACACGGAAACCACUUCUGAAGCGGAUUCAAAGGCUUGAGUCGAACGAACUCCCAUGCAAUUGCCUUAAAGAGGCACAAAAAUGUAAAAAAAAAAAGUGAUAUGCAACAUCAUAAAAUGAUACAAAAAUGUAAAAAAAUAUGAAAUAAAUUUAAGCAUAACAGCA